AUGGCGUUCGAUGGAAAGAAAUCGUUGGGCUCUUUACAGGGUUCUGCCAAUCGUGCUCAACAAAAAUUGAACGCUCACCUACCUGCGGAAUUUCGAGAUGGUCCUAUGUACGAUACAAGGGCCGUAUAUGGAAAUGGUCCUCGUUUAAGUAUCCGUCAUGUCGAUGUUUCAACUUUACCACCUCCUCCCAAACACUUUUCCCAAUUGAAUCCCAGUUCGUCACGUUCAAGCAGUCCAACAAAAACUGCAUCCUCUCUGCCUAAACAAACUAUUGCGACUCAAUCGCCUAGCUUAACUAGUCCAUCUCCACCUAUGUCUGCCUUAAGCAACUCUUCAAGACGUGCCCCUCCUCCUCCUCCUCCUGUGCGCUCACCAUUGGCUUCUUCUUCUACAAGGGAAGAGUCUGCUUCUCUUCCUCCACCUCCCUAUACUUCUAGUACUUCCAUACCUUCUCCUUCUAUGCUAUCUAGUUCUAUGAAAAACAACUUUCCAGCACCGCCUCUACGUCGCUCAGCUCAAACUUCAGACAUGAACACUGCUCCUCAGCCUGGUUUAUCAAAACCCGUAAAGAAAGCACCUCCACCAGCUCCUCCCAAACCUAGACGUUUGGCAUCUCGGGACAGUACGCCUUCUGCAGGAACUGUUCCUGCCCCUCCGCCAAUCCAAAGGAACACGCGUCCCUCUUUUUAA